GGUGCUCUCGCCAUUUUCUGUGCGAGUGGCGCAGAUCGGCUGUUGAUUUCAAUUAUGGCUUCAUCAAGCGCUACAACAGAACCAAAAGGUAGAAGAGGGAGCUUUCCACAUGAUAUUCCUAACUUGUCAUUAAGAAUGGUUGUGGUGGGGAGAACAGGAGCGGGUAAAAGCUCUUCUGGAAACACCAUCCUGGACAGAAAAGUCUUCAGAGCUGCCAAAAGUUCUUCAUCUGUGACCAAAGAGUGCUGGAAGGAGACUGGAGAAGUGGCUGGAAGAGAAGUCACUGUGGUAGAUACGCCAGGUCUGUUUGACACGAAAGCUUCAGAGUUGAAUCUACAGCAGGAGAUCAGUAAAUGCAUUAAUAUGACGGCUCCUGGACCUCACGCCUUCAUCCUGGUCAUUAACCUUGGCCCGUUCACUGACGAAGAGAAACUCUCAGUGGAGAAAAUCAGAGCCGUGUUUGGAGAAGCAGCAGAUAAACACACCAUCAUCCUCUUCACACACGGAGAUCAACUGGACUGCACUAUUGAAGAAUAUGUUGAUGUAGCCAGUGAAAACCUUAAAGAAAUCAUCAGACGUUGCGGAGGAAGAUAUCACGUCUUCAACAAUAAAGACAUUGAGGAUCGCACACAAGUGGUGGAUUUCCUGGAGAAAGUAGAUGAGAUGGUCACUGCUAAUGAAGGGAAACACUUCACCAAUCAGUACUACGAGGAUGUGAAGCUCAAGCUGAAAAGUAAGGAAGAUGAGCUGAGAAGAGAAUAUGAGCAGAAACUACAGGACAAAGAGAGGAAACUGGAGGCCAGAUUCACUGAGGAGAAGAGGAUCCUGGAGGAGAAAAUACAGGCAGCAUCUGAGCAAGAGAAAGAAAAGAUGAAGAAAGAUCUGCAAAGACUCAGUCAGAGGAUCACGAUUGAACUGAAGGAGUACAGGCGAUUUUAUGAAGCAAAACUCAGAGAGGCCAGAGAGGAAGCAGAACUCUCUCGUAUUAGUGAGGAAAAACUGAGGCAGAUCAUUUACAGGUUACAGAGCAUACACAUGUAACCAGUGCUCUGCAUUUGAUGAACACUUGAAUUUACUUCAUCGAGAUCUCAGUUAAAGUCAUCAGAAACUGGUGAAGAAGUCUUCUCCAAAAGGAUAGACACUAUUAUUUUGGUAAUACACAUUCUAGGGCUGCACGAUUAAUCGAAAAAAGAUCACAAUCGCGAUUCGACACUACACAUGAUCUUAAUUCAGCUUUUCCUACGAUUCAGCCAAUUAUAUUUUCAAGGUCAUGAGAGAAGAUAAGGCGGCUGCAAAGUCUUCACAGCAACAUCGACACCUUCAAAUGGUGUUUAAAGUGUCACAUACUGUAUUUAUAAUUCACCCAAAAUGUAAUUUCUGUCUUCAUGUAAUAAUGUAUUCGCAUUCUCGAAAUCACUCUUGAGCUGCCACACUGUUUGUUUACUGCCGAGAACGCGCGCGUGCACGCAAAUGACACCUACUUUAGUGACAAAACCUGCAUAGGCUGUGAAUAACAGGUAAUGAAGUUGUAAAUAGUGUUCAGUUUGUUGCACAGAGCGCUCGUUUGAGAGUCGUGCGGGAGGUUUGAUUUGCAUGUGUGUGUUUUAUCAUAGUGACAGCACCCAUGAGCCCCACUGGAAAGUGAAAGUGAAACCUGUGCGCACAUCAUUUAAAUGAUCAAAUCACAUUUUACAGUUAUGAUUACGACAAGUAUUUGAUAUGUUUUUUCGAACACAAAGUGUUGUGCAUGAGAAUACAUAUUUACUGUGUCAGUAUAACAACCUCAGCCUAUAUAUAACGGAAAAAUAAUGGUCUAAUAAUUUUGUCAAUAACAAAUGACAAGCACAUGUCUCAAACUUAAUAAUUCAACUUAAUAAUUAUGAAUAGUUGUAUUCUGAUAUAAUCAUUUUACUGUGAAUUAACAAACAGGACAUAUUGAAAGUCUGUUCAAGUCC